AUGCAAACUUCCUUGGAAAUGGACACUGAAAUUUACUUUUGCCGCUGGAUUGGCUGUACAAUCUCAUUUGAUGAUCCCGAGCAUCUUUAUAUCCAUCUCACAAACGACCAUGUUGGCAGGAAAUCCACUGGAAACCUCUGUCUCACUUGUCAUUGGGACAAAUGCGAUGUAACUGUAAUCAAAAGAGAUCACAUCACUAGUCAUCUUCGAGUCCACGUCCCCUUGAAGCCACAUCGUUGUCAGUUUUGUAGCAAGUCAUUUAAGCGUCCUCAAGAUCUCAAGAAGCAUGAAAAGAUCCACAGUGAGCAGCACAUCUCUACUUUACGUUGUCAUCACAGAAACCAGCAACACCAACCACUAACACCACCAAACUCUACUCAUCAUUCAAGCAGAGAUGUAUCGCCUGUUCUGUCUGAUAAUCAUCCUAUCUCUCCUCCAACAAGCACAUAUUCUGAUGAGAAUUGGCUCUAUGCUGGCGUAUCUCCGUCUACUGCAAUGUCGGAUUUCUCCUCUUCACAUCAGCAACAACCUCCAGUACAGUACAGCAAUCAAGUGCCACAAGCUAAUUUUGUUACACAACAACCUGCCGACAUUAUCAAUGAUCUCUUCUUCCCCAUGGACAUGGACACAAAGCCAGCCGAAUACAACGCUUCCAUUGCUCAUAGUCUUGAUCAGAUUCAAAACUUCAUGGAUGCAGGUACCAUCAACCAAUCAAACUUUAAUUUGAACAUUAGUAACGAACAGCAAUUGAAUGAUAUGAAUGAUUGGCUGGCUCGUCUUUCUGAUAGCAUUGCCACAGGGCAAUUACCACAAGAUCCUGUAAUGGACCCUGCCACAUCAUUUGCCUAUGAUCAGAUGUCCAACUUCACUGCUCCACAGCAACAAUAUCCUAUUGUACCAUCUCAAACCAACAGUGGCAUCUAUCCUGUUUCAUGUAAUGAGAAUGAUAUGUAUGUGCGAUCUCAACCAAUACCACAACCUAUUGUACCAAGUCAAGAUAUCGAUAGUUAUCUUGGCAACUUUGCUUCAUCUACCAAUCAAUAUCAACAGUAUCAACAACAGAACGUGGGAGUUACAGGCCAAAGACAGCAUUACACAACUGUUCCUAAUGUGGCCAAUCAAUACUUCCAACCUGAGCUUCGAACAACCACCAACUUUACAAAAGCAAACAAUCCAGAAAAUGCCGAAACUGAAAAGGAAGAAACCAUCUCGUUCAAACCAUCGAAAACAAUUACACACGAAGACAAGAAGAACAUGGCUACGCUUAUCAAUACAUUCUCUAGUGCUCUGGUGGACAAUAACUUCAAACCUGUUGCUUCUGCUACAAAGAAGGAGGAAGACAUUGAAGAAAAGGACAAAUCCAAAUCAACGGAUGACGUGAUUCGAGAAUUGAUUACUAGUGAUUUAUCCAAAUUAUCCAUCCAAGAUGAUGCUAAUGCAUCCAAACCCUCUGUCAAGAAGGAUCAUGAGUCUGAAUCAUUAUAUCCCACUGCUACAGUAUCAGCAGCACAACAAAAUCAUCUCUUACUCUUGAAAAAAAUGACUCAAUGGGUGAAUGAAAACUAUCAUAAAAGCCAUCGCCCAUCAACACAAGAUGCUGCUACUAGCACUACUACCACUUCUGCUGCUGCUGCUACUCCUGUAUCUUGUCAGUAA